GGGCAACCUGUUGUGUACCUUUCUCUGCUGACGUUACGAAUAUGACAAGCAAAUCCUAAUACAGAAGGCAACCUUACGUUCUUUGUCUCAUUCCAAUGGCCGAUGAUGGUGCCGGAGGCGCAGAUGACUUCGAAUCGGAUGAUGACGUCCUGGAUGAGGUGCCAGAGGAGGAACUCGAUGCCAAACCCGAUGCAGUCAUCCACAUUUCCGCGGAGGAUGCGCCUCGGUUACCCUCAAGUGUCUGCAUGACCGGUCCGGUGGAGAAGAGCAAGCGAAUAACCACUCCAUAUCUAACAAAAUAUGAGCGAGCUCGUGUGUUGGGCGCCAGGGCCCUGCAGUUGUCCAUGUCAGCUCCAGUCAUGGUGGAGUUGGACGGGGAACGUGAUCCACUCAAGAUUGCCGAAAAAGAGUUGAGAGCGAACAAGAUACCCAUAAUUAUUCGGCGUUAUCUUCCAGAUGGCAGUUUUGAGGACUGGAGUUUGGAUGAGCUGAUUUUGACAGAAUGAAUCCCCUGAUACUAUAAUUAAUUGCUUU